GAGGAAGCGGAAGUGUUGUGGUUGCGGGAGCGGCCACCUGAGUCGGUGGUGCGAUCCCUGGAUAACUUUCCAUGGACGCGUCUAACGAGCCGGUUCUGGAUGCUAAGGCCAAGGUCACCAACCAGCUUGUAGAUUUUCAGUGGAAACUGGGUAUGGCUGUGAGCUCAGACAGUUGCAGAUCACUUAAGUAUCCUUUUGUUGCGGUGAUGCUAAAGGUGGCAGAUCAUUCAGGCCAAGUAAAGACUAAGUCUUUUGAAAUGACAAUUCCACAGUUUCAGAAUUUCUACAGACAGUUCAAGGAAAUUGCUGCAAUUAUUGAAACUGUGUGAAAACUGAUUAUUUUGUUGGUAAAUUGCUACCAUCAUUCUAAAAUCAUGGACUUCACUUUCUGCAAUAUAACUAUAUGAGGAUCAGGUGAUUUUUAUUAAAAGAAAAUUGCACUUUUGUUUUUCCAUUUUUUUUAAAUAAUAAAAAAAUUAAACAGGAA